GACGCGAUCUGCCUCGCCACCUACUGGCAAAUCGGCGUUCAAAGGACAGCGGGCUCACGAGAUCGAAAUCAAAUUUAAACCUAGCCAUCAGCCCAGCGAAGUGUCUCUCAUUCAAGUUACCGAUGGAGCACAAUUGAUCUUGAAAUAAAUAUAUAAAAAAGAUAUUUAUCAAAACCCUCAAUCGUAUAAUUAACGAAGAAACAUCCCACGACAUACCGUUUGCACUUUCGAGUCUCUCAAGCAGGGAAUGGCCUCAAAAUCAGCAGCGCCACCCAAAGAACGUACCAAGUCACAGUUUGCCGCGGCUGAGGCUGCUUCGUCUGGGAACGUGAAAAGUCAAGGUUGGAACCCUCCAAGCCUCAAACAGUCGCAGAGCUGGAAUGAGCAGGAUCUGAGGCAUCAUCUACAAAAGAGAUUGACGGGGUUAGAAAAGGGCAGGGAAGCCGGAUUUACAGAGAUCGGUGGGAAGGCUAUCAAAGGAUGAAAAAGUCUCACAUGGAAUGGCCUGUGUUCGAUGACAUGUGUUUCUUUUCUUUUUAUGCGCAAAAUUUCGCGCUGGGGCUGAAUUUUACAAAAAUGCUUUAAUCCAUGGACAGCAUGGCAAUGGAUAGGCGGCUUGGUUUCGCGCUGUUCGGGAAUUGACGGUCUUUGAGUGCGAAAUCGGGAGGCUGUACAUCCCGCCGGCUGUUAUGCGACUAUUUUCCUUCUUAAUCGCGCUUCAUGGCAGAAGUUGGUCUUGGACAGAGUCGUGAUGCAUUGCGCUGGUUGCCGCCGAUGUCGUGACAGGGUUGUAGGAGUAGAUAACGCUAGUCACCACACUAGUUAGUUAGUUGCACCUUAAAUUGGAGCUUAGAUAAGCGGGCAUCUCAACGCCGGCGUUCGAUGAUAUGAUGAGCGGCCGGCGGGCAGCGAGGUCGAACCGCACAUCACCUUGCUGGGUCUGACCUAACUUAGUUACCCUCAGGCGGAGCCUGAAUUUAUUUAUCUAUUUCCACUAUACUUAUCCUCAGCUCAGUACUUUGCAGAUG